AUGGGUAACUACGUUUCAUGCACAUUGUCUAGCCCCUUAAGAGGCAAGAAGCAAUCAAGAGCCACAAAGGUCUUAUUCCCAAGCGGCGAAAUUCGCCAAUUUUACGAUCCCAUCAAGGCCGCGGAGCUCAUGUUGGAGUCUCCGAGUUCUUUUCUCGUGAACUCGAAGACUCUUAAAAUAGGGCGGAGAUUCUCCGCCCUGAAUGCGGAUGAAGACCUCGAGAUGGCAACAGUGUAUGUUCUGUUUCCAAUGAAGAGAGUGAAUUCUGUUGUGACAUCAGCUGAUAUGGCUACAUUGUUUUUAACUGCGAAGCGUGCAUCGAUUGGGAAUGCGAGGAUAUUGCCAGAGGCUCAAAUGGCAGCAGUUGAACAUAGCAGUGAAGAAGCUGCGCCGAAGCUGAAUUUGGAUGAUGUGGACGACUUUUCGGCAGCAGAGUAUAGCCAGAGAUUGUCUUGGUGCAGGUCUAAGAAGCCUGUUUUGGAAACAAUAGCAGAAGAAGAACCGACCAAACAAGUGGCAAACAAUUGUACUCAAAUCAUUCCAGUCGGCCUCACUGGGAAUACAGUGUUGGAAGCUCUAGAAAUCAUAAAAAGUGCAGAGUGCAUGGGCCUUGAAAUAAGAGGUGAUCGGGACAAUGCCUUACAGGAAAUUGGUCAGAACUUGGACACAGGCGAGAUCUAG